AGUUGUGUGCUUGCUUAUCGGCGGGUCCAAAGGUUCAGAAAGAUCAUCGAUACGUCGUUAGUGUAGUGGUUUCUUUCUGCCUGCACUGGCACCGGACAUUGUUUUUAGCGGUGUGUUUGAUUUCUCGUUGAGCGAUGAAAAAGCUACGCUUGUGUGAAGACAGAGAGCACAGUUCGCACUCGUGAUGACAGACAGCGCGGCCAUGCAGUUGCCGAAGCUGCAGGCGGACGCGGAGGGCGCGUAUUCACAAGAAAUUGAGAGGGCGUUCAACGUGUGUCAAAGGAUCAUAGACAAUCCACCAGAGGAGUACAGGCUGGUCAAGCAGGCGGUGUUGGGGCUGGUACAUCUGUCGGCAAAGAGACGUGAUUUGCGUUCUAGAGCGAUGCUGAAGAUAUUGCAGGUGGUGAGGGAUCCGUCAGUGUACAGAUCGAACCCCCGUCGCUAUGCCGUACAUAGUAUUGCGUGUAUGACUUAUUAUGACAAGGAGUUAAUUGGGGUAUGUACACAGAUGUUUAUGCAAUUGGUGAAACCGACGGGGGAGAACAGUCAGUACGUUCGGAAGGCGGCAUUCGUGGCGUUAUCUAGGAUAGGGAGGAGGUACCCGGCCUUUCAGGAGCCGAUGUUUCCUUUGUUUAUGAAAUAUUACAACGAUUCAAAGAUCAAGGAGUCUGUCCUCUGGGGGAUUAUCAUUGGUUUGGGAAGGAUGGCUCAGAGCAACGCGCUCUUGAGGUCAGAGUUUGCAAGCGAGUGGAUCCGUUGGUGUUCCCAUAGAUCCUUUCGUUUAAGAUGGGCGGGCAUCAAGGGGCUAGGACACGCUUGUUGCCCAAUAGGAGACGUCAUUAACGACGAAAAUUUAGAAAAUCAAUGUUUCGAGAUUUCAAUGGCAUUUUUGAUUCACGGCGGGACAGAAGGCAUCCAAUCCGUAGUAGACAGAGAUCUGAAGUCCUGUACGAAUGAGGAACUCUGGAAGAAGGAAGAAGUUUAUUUGGUUCAAUAUGCGGCAACGCAGGCACUGAGUUUGCUGCUGAGAUCGAAUCCAGAUAAAUGGUGGAGAAAAAUUUCGCCUGUCUUCGGUGAGCUGUUGUUGAACUCCAAAAUCGCCUCGAUGAUAAAGGCAACCGUCAUGAUCACGUAUGGAAAGAUCGCAUUCUACCUCUCGCCAGUGAAUCCAUAUUAUACAGCCAUCAAAGAUCUGUUGAUGAAACUGACCGAAAAUGAAAACAUUUUGGUCUCAGAACCUGCGACUUAUGGACUGGUCAAUUUUGCCCUCGCCCACGCAGAAAUAUACGACUCAACUAAAGCUCUGGUAGCCUCCAAACUGGGCGCACCAAUCGAAAAGGCCGGACAUAAAGAACUUCUCUAUUUCCUGAAAACUUGGUGUAAACUCAUCUCUAAAAACUACACACCCAUUCUCAACCUCUGUUCCAAAGUCAUCUCUAUUCACUCCGGACAAGACUUCUCGAAGUGCCUGGUCGCCUCUAAGGUACCUGCCGUCAACUUCGGACCAGAAUCUGCCGACGAAGAACGAAAAACCGACCAAAAGUCGAAGCGCCACCACACUUCCGGACCUUCUCCUGACCAAAUCGUCAAGCAAGUCGCGAGGGACUCAGUAAUGCUCUACGAACUGUGUACUCAAUUCAGCACCUCCGUUCUCGAAUCUGCUCUCUUCCCUAUCGAUGACGUAACCGUUCUCGACAAUCGGUCCUUCCUAGAUAACCUAAGAACUCUAAUCUUGAAGUACUCCGCUAAAUCCGAUAAGAGUACUAUUAACCAAAAUGGACUGGUGAAGCUCUAUGAACGACUAUACAACCUCGAUCCGUGCAUGAAAGAACCCAUCGUCAUGAUACUGAAGUACCCAAAUGUUCUUGACGACGCCUUUUGGCUUUCAAACUUCAAACUCGUCAUACUUAACAUGACCAGCCUUCGUGGCUCUUCUUCCGAUGUCCGCACGAUCAGCCAUGAAGAAAGCAAACCCCGUUCCCCUAAAUCCACAGACUAUAAUCCAGUGCGCUAUCCUCAUCAACCUCAAUACGACGCCUCCCAAGCCCAGCAACUCGCCUCUCUAGCCAGUAGUACAACCUUCCCAAUGGAACCUUAUCACCCGGACGUUUGGCGAGCCGGUAAAUACCCCUUCUUUCCUCAACAACCUAUCCCUGUGAACCCCAAUCCUCCCCCCCUCGCACCCAUCUACCCCCCGGACAGAGACCUCCUUUCACUCCCUAUCAGCGAUGACGUCAGAAACGCCCUCAUCGAAAUCCUGACAAACGCACUUCAAUCUACAAGUCCGCCAUCCCAACCUUCUAUUAUCGACGGCAUUGAAGACACUUUGAAACGCAUUCUCGUCCACCCAAACCGCGUAGAACUCCUCUCCGCCAUAUCUACAAAUCCACAACUCUCCUCACUGUUACAGCAAUUUCUCAAAAAGUCAACCGAACAACAAUUCCCUGAAUGCAACUUAUUCAACAACUUCCCUGUACCCAAACAAAACCCUGUGACCUAUCCUCACCAUCCCCCCUAUUUCCCCUACCACCCAAAUCCAGGAAACAUUGCUCACGGUCCUCAACAACACAUAAACUAUCCACCCCCCCAAGAACCUUACAACCCUCAACCUCCAUCGUUUGUCCCCUCUUACUUGCCACCACACAAUGAACCCCCCUCACUCGCUCCGCUUGGCAGCGGACCAGUCUACUCUUCUUUUCCACGGGGCCAAAACUUUGGCGGUAAUCAACGCCCGACGAACAGACCUUAUCUUCCCUCUGUCUCCAAAAAAAGAAAUAGAGGUGAACUCGAACGACCUUACCAUUAAAAAACGUGGCGCACUCAUUCAACCCCUCGGUGUCCGCUCCAGAGUCUUCCAGACUUCGCAACUCCGAGGACGCAAAAAAAAACGCAUCAUGGUGAAUCCAAUGUACAGAACUUCAACGGGUA